CCACGUUUUGAUAUGGAGCAUUACGUUAAGGGUGAAGAAAUAUCUGUGGAAUGUGUUCUGCCAUACCCAAAAGAAUUAACAGAAAAUGUCACACAAAUGGUUAUUAAAGAGAACUCAAAGUUUAAAAAUAUAUUGGGUUAUGUAGAAAAAGUUUUCCAGGAUCCGGCUUGUAGACGAAUUAUAUUCAAAGGUGUCGGUGAAGCCACGGCAAAGUGUAUUUCAUGCGUCGAAGUUUUCAAAAGGAGCCGCAAAAACGAAGUACUUUAUCAGUGGAAUGCUAUAAAAUUUUCCAGAAGAUCUGACGUUUGGCUUCCAGACCCAAGCAAAGACGGUCUCAGCAAGUGUGAUUCUUAUCACUUUAACAUUAUUUCCGAUGCUUUAUUUUUGUAG